AUGCAAAAGGGAUUUCCUGAGUUAGGCUUGACUAAAGAAGACUGCCAUGAGAUGAGUUGGAUUAAAUCUACUCUCUGGUUUGCAGGAGAUGUUGGUUUUCCCAAAGGAGAGUCAUUAAAUUUGUUAAUGAACAGAGACUUAGCUCCAAAGUUAUAUUUCAAGGCGAAGACAGACUAUGUCGAGGAGCCUAUCUCUGUGAAAGGCCUUGAAGGGAUGUGGAAAAGGCUAAUGCAGCAAGAGGAAGGAGCUGCAGAGUUGUUGAUGAUUCCAUAUGGUGGAAAAAUGGAUAAGUUUACGGAAUCAGCUAUUCCAUUCCCACACAGAGCUGGGAACUUGUACAUGUUAUAUCAAGGGGUUUACUGGAAUGAGAAUACAACAGUAUCAAUUCAAAAGAAAAGUUUGAAGUGGCUCAGAAGCUUGUCUAAAUACUUAACUCCUCAUGUUUCUAAGAAUCCAAGACGUUCUUACGUUAACUUUAAUGAUCUUGACUUGGGAGUAAGCAAUAAAAGCUAUGAAGAAGCUAGCAGUUGGGGUACUAGAUACUUCAAGAAUAACUUCAAGAGGUUGGUUCAAGUGAAGAAUGACAUUGAUCCCCAAGAUAUCUUCCACCAUGAGCAAAGCAUCCCUCUUUUUCCAUCAAUAUCCUAA